GAGCGUUUUAACUGUAACACGCUGGCUACUGUCAAGAGCAGGAAGUAGAUCACUUUCAUUAGUCUCAACUCUGUUUUCUAAAUGAGAUAACAAAUGAUGCCGUUUGUUUUUGUUGACAUGUUGUAACAGGUCAAAGGCAUGCAUGCCAAACAAAAUAAGAAAAUAGGGAACUGCAGACACAGAGCACACUAAUGCUUAUGAUCAGCCCAAGAAUGGCCUCUGGAACACAAGAGAAACAGUACACGCCUUCUUUGCUAAGUUUUUUCAUCUAUAAUCCUAAAUUUGGACCACGUGAGGGGGAGGAGGAAAAGAAAAUCUUGUUUUACCACCCCAUUGAAAUAGAGAAGAAUGAAAAAAUACGCAAUGUUGGACUCUGUGAGGCCAUUGUUCAGUUUACCAGAACCUUCUGUUCAACCAAACCAGCUAAAUCCCUCCACACUCAGAAGAAUAGACAGUUUUUCCAUGAGCCGGAGGAAAAUUACUGGAUGGUCAUGGUUGUUCGGAAUCCAAUGGUGGAAAAACCCAGCAAAGAUGGCAAACCACCGACUGUAGAGUACCAAGAAGAAGAAAUUAUUGAUUCAGUUUAUGGUUCUGUAUUACAGCAGUGCUACAGCAUGUAUAAGCUCUUCAAUGGCACAUUCAGCAGAGCAUUUGAAGCUGGUGGAGUGGAACUGCUUACCCAAAAACUUGAAAAGUUCUUUUACAGGUACCUGCAAACGCUUCACCUUCAGUCAUGUGACCUGCUGGAUGUGUUUGGAGGAAUCAGCUUUUUCCCCUUGGAUAAGAUGACCUACCUGAAGAUCCAGUCUUUUGUUAAUGGAGUAGAGGAGAGCCUGAGUCUGGUCAAAUACACAGCAUUCCUCUACAACGACCAGCUGAUCUGGAGUGGUCUAGAGCAGGAGGACAUGCGCAUUCUGUACAAAUACCUGACAACCUCACUGUUCCCUCGGCACGCUGAACCUGAGCUUGCUGGAAGGGACUCUCCUUUAAGGCCAGAGGUGGCUGGGAAUCUGUUGCACUAUGGUAGAUUUUUAACAGGACCAGCGAAUCUUAAAGACCCAGAUGCAAAAUUCAGAUUUCCCAGGAUAUUUGUUAACACAGAGGACAGUUACGAGGAGCUACAUCUGAUUGUUUACAAGGCAAUGAGUGCAGCUGUAUGCUUCAUGGUAAAUGCUGCAGUGGAUUUAAGUCGGGAGUUUUGUGAGCAACUAGACAGUCUUGUUGGUCCCCAACUCACCCUGCUGGCCUCGGACAUAUGUGAGCAGUACAACGUAAACCGGAGAAUAUCAGGGCCAGAGAAGGAGCCUCAGUUUAAGUUCAUCUACUUUAACCACAUGAACUUGGCGGAAAAAAGCACCAUCCACAUGCGUAAGACAGCCAGCGUGUCCCUUACCUCUGUCCACCCGGACCUCAUGAAAAUCCUUGGAGAUAUUAACUGCGACUUUGCACGGGUUGAUGAGGACGAGGAAAUCAUUGUUAAAGCGAUGACGGACUACUGGGUUGUUGGCAAGAAGUCUGAUCAGAGGGAGCUGUAUGUCAUUUUAAAUCAGAAGAAUGCCAACCUUAUUGAAGUGAAUGAGGAAGUAAAAAGGCUUUGUGCAACGCAAUUCAAUAAUAUAUUUUUCUUGGACUGAAGAGAGAGAUGAGCAUGGACUACUUCACUACACUAAAACUGUCAACUGUUCAGGUUUUACUGACGGCAUCAGUGUAAUGCAAUAAUUGCAUUGUAAAAAAUGAUUUUUCACAUCAUGCAAUUUUUUAGAUUUUUAUUUAAUCUAUAAAAAAUGUGGUUGCUUUCUUGUAAUUAAUGUAAAAUCUGAAUUUUACUGAGAGAGAAUGACUUUUGUGUUUGUUUGUUUGUUUGUUUGUGUGUACACAGUCAUGUUGAUUGUCAUGAUCAUCUCAAAUCUUCAUUUUUGCAUUCAGGUUGUUCAGAUUUGUUUUAUUACUCACAAAAACAUUUAGGGUGACUUUCAGAAUAUAAAUCUUUCAAGCUAUAUUUGUCUCAUAUUUUAAGUGUUAUUACGAUCAUGCUUUGUUAACAUCCAUGACUUAAUAAAUUUUCAUUAAAUUCACGCUGGUCUUGUUCCAGUACUCUGCAGUACA